AUGGAUGAUGGCCUCUGGGUGCCGGGCGGACAUGAUGGCAUGGCAGCAUUUCCCGGUCCCAACGGUAAAACCAUCUUGGUCCGGAAUCACGAAUUGGUCGCAACUGCCAAAAACGUCGGACCCUUUGGAUGGAAUAACGAAAAGAUUGAGCGUGCUGUUGUUGACAAACUCUAUGACGCUGGGUCCGGUGAACUGCCGUGUAUCGGUGGAACGACGACGCUCGUCUAUGACACGCGGACGCAGACGCUGGAGAAACAUUUUUUGAGUCUCACAGGAACGAUCCGAAAUUGUGCCGGUGGACUGACCCCUUGGAACACGUGGAUAACCUGUGAAGAAACCAUGCAGAAGGCAGAGGAGACGUACGAAACCGAGCAUGGGUAUAAUUUUGAGGUGCCGGCUUCUGCUGACAUCGGAUUAGCUCCGCCUGUCGCGUUGAAGGCGAUGGGACGUUUCAACCAUGAAGCGGUCGCCGUCGAUCCCAGAACUGGAAUUGUCUAUCAAACGGAAGACAGAGGUGAUAGUUUAAUCUUUCGGUUUAUCCCAGAGAAGCCGGGUGAACUCGCGGCAGGUGGCAAGCUUCAGGCACUGAAGAUUCGGGAUAUGAAAAGCGCAGAUACCCGAAAUUGGCGGAGCCGGAGUCAAAAGGUUUUCCGGUGGACGUACAAUCCGAUUCCAGUCGGUGAAACCCUUGCCGUUGAAUGGGUAGAUAUUGAGAACGUGGAAUCGCCGGACGACGACCUCCGCGUACAAGGGGCUGAAGGUAAAGACGCGGCGAAGUUUGCACGAGGAGAAGGGAUUUGGUACGGCAGUCGUCAAGAACACGGAGAAUUCUAUAUUGCCUGCACAAACGGUGGUAUUGCGUACAAGGGGCAGAUCUGGAAAUACAUACCGAGUCCUUACGAAGGCACAAGCCGAGAGGAACAACAACCCGGCACACUGCAACUCUUCAUUGAGCCAAACGACAGCAAUCUCCUGGAGAAUGCGGAUAACUUGACAGUCACACCUUGGGGGGAUUUAAUCAUCUGUGAAGAUGGUCCAAACGAGGAGUUCCUAAUUGGCGUAACCCCCGAAGGAAACCUCUACCGAUUUGCUCGCAACGCCGGUAAUCUUUCUGAACUCGCGGGUGCGACGUUCUCACCGGAUGGCACGACGCUCUUUGUGAAUAUUCAGAGUCCUGGGAUUACGUUGGCAAUCACCGGUCCUUGGCACGAGAUUCGACGCGAUCUCCGGCAUAACCCUAACGCGCUCGCCUUUUAG